CAGGUUAUGUAGCAUAGUUUCAAAGAAUAUUGCACAGUCAUUAUGGAGCGCGAACGCCUAUAUUGGAUGGAUAUGCUAGGCAGCGAUACCCCGGGUGGAAAAGAGAGUGCAUUCAAACUGGUUUUCAUAGCGACUGAGUAACUUCUUUAACUUACUUCCUGAUGUGACAUACAGUUAGCAGGAAGAACUGCGUGUCUGGAAAAGAAAACGGACACGUGGAUUAUCAUUGCUCCUCUAGCUCUAGGCAAGAGCCACGGGAAAAAAACAUCCCCUCUGUGGCUAUCUGUCCUUAUUCUCCCGUGCUCUUCACCCCAUCACACUGSAAUACAGUUAUGGAUCCCCGUUAAACGAAAGGAAAUGAUACGUCGGCGCGAACAUCGACCAAGCGUUUCUUUUUGUCGGCUUUCCUCACUCAGUCCAUAGCCUACUGAACUGCGACGCGCAGGAAAAAAGCAAAUCUCAAACAUUAGCAUCUCUUGUUGAAUGGCAAYUCUGCAAAAACAUGGAAAGAUCUCUGGUCCAGAUGUGGUCUGCCUCAAAGAAACCCCGUCAGACACAAUCGGUGACGCCGGAGGUCAUCAGAAGAAUUGGAGUGAACAUAACACGAACUGGCCCAGACCCCUGGCGCGGGUAUGGACGGUGGUGCUACUGCUGGGGACCUGUCUGCUGUACUGUGCCCGCGUGGCCAUGCCCAUCUGUGCCGUCAGCAUGGCGGAGAAGUUCAACUGGACCAAGAGGGAUCAGGGCAUGGUGCUGGGCAGCUUCUUCUGGGGUUACUGCUUCACACAGGUCCUCGGAGGCUACGUCAGCGACAGGGUCGGAGGUGAGAAGGUGCUCCUGCUGUCUGCGGCGGCCUGGGGGGCGAUGACAGCCUUCACGCCCGUCCUGGCCCACUUCUGCUCUCAGCCCAUCUUCUCCAUGACGCUGGCCCGCUUCCUGAUGGGGCUGCUGCAAGGUGUGCACUACCCGUCUCUGGUUAGCCUGUGUUCUCAGAAGGUGGUGGAGAGUGAGAGAGGAUUCCUCAUGAGCACUGUGGGCAGUGGCUCCUAUCUGGGGACACUGGUGAUUGGGGGGGCUGGUUCCCUCAUGCUGGACCWGUAUGGUUGGGAGAGUGUGUUCUAUGUGUCUGGUCUACUCUCUGUCCUCUGGGCGUACUGCGUGUGGAAAUACCUGCUCAAAGGGGAAGGUCCUAUCAUCACAUUGGAGUCGCUGGGUCGUGGAGGGCCCCGGCCCAAACUGUCCAGGAGACACUGGCUACGUCUCUUCAAACAACCUGCUGUCUGUGCUGUGAUUAUUACGCACCUUUGCACUGCGAGCACCUUCUUCACACUGUUGUCAUGGCUACCGACUUACUUCAAGGACACCUUCCCUGAUGCCAAGGGUUGGGUGUUUAAUGUUAUCCCGUGGUUUGUGGCCAUCCCCUCUUCUCUCUUAAGUGGCUGUCUCUCUGACCACCUUAUCAGCCAAGGGUUUGACACUGCUGCUGUGAGGAAGCUUAUGCAGUUCUUCUCCAUGGGUGUGUCCAGUGUGUUUACCCUCCUGCUGUGUGGCACCACMACCUUCCCCRCAGCUGUGGCCUUUGUCUCUGCCACCAUGGGCCUCACCACCUUCAGCCACAGCGGCGUGUCUGUGAAUGUUCAGGACCUGGCUCCGUCAUGUGCCGGGGCUCUGUUUGGUGUUAUGAAUACCUGUGGAGCCUUCUCAGGUGUGCUGAUGGUGUAUUUCUCGGGGUAUCUGAUUGAGGCUACAGGGUCGUGGGCAUCUGUCUUCACCCUUAUCACUGUGGUGAACCUGGUGGGCCUGGUCACCUUCCUGGCCUUCGCUGAGGCCCGCCGGGUCGACAUUGACUCUUCCAAGGGCCACUACCACAACAUCCACAUCUGAGUCCCAACGUUGAGAUGUGGYAGCAAGCCCUGGUCCCUCAACAACCACCUUUUUAAACCGAGGGGCCAAAACGGGACCAGGUCCCACACUAUACACAUCUGAGUCCCCGAAACAGGACCAGAACCUAUGCCCAUGUACCACAGAAUGCACACUGGAGACUUAAAUAUAGAAAGAGAACAGCGAGAGCCUUGGUCUGUUAAAUGUAUCAAAACAUACACAUCAGAAUUUGAGAAGUGAAAGAAGUGAAACAGUAGUGAAAGUGAAUCCUAGAUGUUAGAUCAUAGUCAGUGUUCUUCCUAUAUUAAUUUAACAACUCUCAAUUGUUUCUCUCUCUAUAUAGACAUUUGUGGAUUUGGCAAUUUCAGCUUCAAGGUGUAUGAAAUCAAGCACACAGCCAUGUCAUCUCUGUAGACAAACAUUAGCACAGUAGAAUGGCCUUACUGAAGAGCUCAG